CAGGCGGUCGGUUGCCUCCCUAUGCCUGACUUUUAAUAGGCUAGGAGAAAAAGGUUGAGAAACUUGACAUUGUCUUACGGAGAGUUCCGGUAGCAAAAAAAAAAAAAAAAGGAAAGAAAGGAAAAGAAAAAAAAGGUUUUUUAAAAAAUAAAAGGAGAAAACUUACUUGCUUGUUCGCCUCAGAAACCUUUCAUGGAUUUUGCUGCUAUUUUACGACUCUGAGCUUUCACUGUGAGUUUAAAUGCUGACGGUUCCGUGUUGGAUGGAUGAUGGGAUUCUAAACAUGAGGCAGAUAGCUGAUCAGCUUCCCUGGAUUUCGCUGACGACACAGGAAAGCUUUGCUUGAAGAUGGAAACAUUGGAGUCGGAACUGACCUGCCCUAUCUGUCUGGAGCUGUUUGAAGACCCUCUACUGCUGCCCUGCGCCCAUAGCCUCUGUUUCAACUGUGCACAUCGCAUCCUCGUCUCCCACUGCGCCACCAACGAAUCUGUGGAAUCCAUCACCGCUUUCCAGUGCCCUACUUGCCGUUAUGUCAUCACCCUCAGCCAGAGAGGUCUAGAGGGACUCAAGCGGAACGUCACCCUGCAAAACAUUAUCGACAGGUUUCAGAAGGCUUCUGUGAGUGGGCCCAAUUCUCCCAGCGAGACCCGCCGAGAGCGGGCCUUUGAUAGCAACACCAUGACCUCCAGCGAGAAAGUUCUCUGUCAAUUCUGUGACCAGGACCCUGCCCAGGAUGCUGUGAAAACCUGUGUCACUUGUGAAGUGUCCUACUGUGAGGAGUGCCUGAAAGCCACUCACCCGAAUAAGAAGCCCUUCACAGGCCACCGUCUCAUUGAGCCAAUUCCAGACUCUCACAUUAGAGGACUGAUGUGCUUGGAACAUGAGGAUGAGAAGGUGAAUAUGUACUGUGUGACAGAUGACCAGCUAAUCUGUGCCUUAUGUAAGCUGGUUGGGCGACAUCGAGAUCAUCAGGUGGCUGCUUUGAGUGAGCGCUAUGACAAGUUGAAGCAAAACUUGGAGAGUAACCUCACCAACCUUAUUAAGAGGAAUACUGAACUGGAAACACUUUUGGCUAAACUCAUUCAAACUUGUCAGCAUGUUGAGGUCAACGCAUCACGACAAGAAACCAAACUGAUGGAGGAAUGUGACUUGCUCAUUGAAAUCAUCCAACAGAGACGCCAAAUUAUUGGAACCAAAAUAAAAGAAGGGAAGGUGGUGAGACUUCGAAAACUCGCCCAGCAGAUUGCAAACUGCAAACAGUGCAUUGAACGCUCUACAUCACUCAUCUCCCAGGCUGAACAGUCCCUGAAGGAGAAUGAUCAUGCCCGAUUCUUACAGACAGCUAAAAAUAUCACUGAAAGGGUCUCCAUGGCAACGGCAUCCUCCCAAGUUCUAAUUCCUGAAAUUAACCUCAAUGAUACUUUUGAUACCUUCGCAUUAGAUUUUUCCAGAGAGAAGAAAUUACUAGAAUGUCUGGAUUACCUUACAGCUCCUAACUCUCCAACAAUUAGAGAAGAGCUCUGUACAGCCUCCUACGACACCAUCACUGUGCACUGGACCUCUGAUGAUGAAUUUAGUGUGGUUUCAUAUGAGCUUCAGUAUACUAUCUUUACUGGACAAGCUAAUGUUGUUAGUUUGUGUAACUCCGCCGACAGCUGGAUGAUUGUGCCCAACAUCAAACAAAACCACUACACAGUUCAUGGGCUCCAGAGCGGCACCAAGUACAUCUUCAUCGUCAAAGCUAUUAAUCAGGCUGGCAGUCGGAACAGUGAGCCGGGCAAACUGAAGACAAACAGCCAGCCAUUUAAAUUGGACCCCAAAUCUGCCCACCGAAAACUGAAGGUGUCCCAUGACAACUUGACAGUAGAACGUGAUGAAACAUCAUCAAAAAAGAGUCACACACCUGAGCGCUUCACCAGCCAAGGGAGCUAUGGCGUAGCAGGCAAUGUGUUCAUUGAUAGCGGGCGCCAUUACUGGGAAGUAGUCAUAAGUGGAAGUACAUGGUAUGCAAUUGGUCUUGCUUACAAGUCGGCUCCAAAGCAUGAGUGGAUUGGAAAGAAUUCUGCUUCUUGGGUGCUCUGCCGCUGUAACAAUAAUUGGGUGGUGAGACACAAUAGCAAGGAAAUUCCCAUUGAACCAGCACCCCACCUCCGGCGUGUGGGCAUUUUGCUAGACUAUGAUAAUGGUUCCAUCGCCUUUUAUGAUGCUUUGAACUCCCUUCACCUUUAUACAUUUGACAUUACAUUUGCACAGCCGGUGUGUCCUACCUUCACUGUGUGGAAUAAAUGUUUGACAAUUAUAACAGGCCUUCCCAUCCCAGAUCACUUGGACUGCCUUGAGCAGCUGCCUUGAUUUUUGAAACUUGGAUGGACCAGAAAUGAUGCAGAACAUUCAGAGGACUAACGGCCAACGUGCAGUCCAUAAGAACUUGACUAAGACUCUUCAACUGUGUGCCGUAAAAAGCGUCCAUAAAUUGGCUGAGACGGGGCUGGAAAUGAGAGUCUCCCUCUCCUUUAACUGUGUGUUUUGUAUUAAAGUGCAGGAAAUGGCUUUAAUAAUUUCUUGGAACAUUUUUUGUAUUUACGGGAAGAUUUAUAGAUUAUUUAUAAAAGAAACAUGAUCUGGAUUACAACUCUUAGGAAUUAUUUGGUUUUGCACAUUAAGAGGCCCAUUUACCAGCUUUUUACACUUAUUUCAUCACAGUGUAUGGGCUCAAAAAAUAUUUUGUAAGUUUUUAUCCACCUUCUUGCUCUAUAAAAAUACAUACUCACCCCAUGCAAGGUCCUGUCAUCUCAAUACUGCCUAUAAGAAUGUGUGAAUAAAAAUAAAAAUACUCUAGAGCCAAGGUAAGAAGAAGAAAGAAGAUGGAGGUCCUUCUUGCUAUAGUUUUUAAAUGGGCAGCACAUUUCCAUUUCUAAGGGGGGGGGAAUUGCAAUAUUAUUACUGUGAAGUAAAAAAAAAAAUAGUUACUAGAAGGCCAGAGCAGUGGUGAUGAUGGAAUUAUAUGGCUAAUUCUUAGUGUCUCAAUUUGUCGUGUUUAACUGUCAAACGAUUUGCAUCCAGGUGGAAGCAAUAGUUUUUGAAACUCCUCAAACUUGCCAUCACCUUCCCACCUAUAAUUUCUCCCAAAAGGAAUUUCACCGUUGACUUUUUUUUUCUUUCUUGGGAAUUCUGGCUAAACAGAUUGUAUUAGGCCUAGAAAAGCAGUCUCUAAAUCAUACCAGUUACUUAAAAUCAGGAGUAAUUUGAGUUAGAUCAAGAAUUGGAUUUUCAUUUUCUAUAAAUAUUGCAAUGAAAUCUAUCUCAUCUUGAGUUUUAAUGGCUUACCAUGGGCUCAUAAAACAUUUUCCUCACGUUUUAUAGUCUCCCACCUAUAGUGCUUUCUUAGUCUCUGGGGAAAAGAAAAUGAACACAUUCUGUAGCAAAUGGAAAUAGCAAUUUGGACAGCUUUUUACUUUUGCAAUACAUGAGUACAUAAUGCAGACUGGAAGCAUCAUGUACAGUGAAGUAUACCCAAAGGAUACAUUAGGAAAUGACAAUGAUGAUGAUGAUGGUUAUAUAAGGUACUAUCCAUUCUAACACAUACCCCAAGAUAUGUUGGAAGUGGGCUUUAUGACCACCCCUCCCUUAAAACUAAAAUAAAAACUAAAGGCUCUCAUUAUGCUAUGGAGCUGUUAUGUAGUUUGGAAAGAAAGAAAUUAAGCUUGUUCCUCAUAUACAUUGUGUGAAAUGACCAACCCAUCAUUAUUGUUUGUUCUUGACACUCUGCAAUGAGUCACUGAAUCUUCUCUUAAGUUCCUUUACAAUAGGAGAGAGAUCCAACACUCUAGCACCAUUUAGAUUCAGUCCUGCUCUGGGGAAAGAAAAGGGAGUUGACAUCUUUAAAUUGCUUCUGUCCCUAAGAUGCAUGUUGUGUCUACCCCAGAUACCAGGGUAAUCAUUUCUCCAGACAUGACGAAGAAAUUCAGGUUUGAACAGUUUCUUUUUUUCCCCACUGAAUCAACCAGUUAUUUUCCUGAACCAAAACCAGCUAGCUGUAUUUGCUUCAUGUAGACAAGAAGCCCAUUUGAAUGUUUGUUUUUGAAUCAGGCACACAGGACUUUGUCAUCUCAUCAUGUUCUGUUUCUGUUACUGGUACACACUCUCCCCUCCUUUUCUUAACAAAUAAGGUUCUAUAUAUUUACUAUGAGAUUUAUACCUAAAGGAUUAUUUUACUAGAUAAUGGAAAAAAUACUUUUAGAGGACUGUUUUCUGAAGAAAUUAAAGAUAAGGGUUUUUUUUCCCAUAAUAAACAAUGUGAAUUUUCUUUCACUGAAUAAAUUGAAAGGUUGCCUCAGUAAUUUUAAUGUUGCUUUGGGAAUUCAAUAUUAAAGGAUAUUUUAAUGCACUUUGUUCACCAAAAGGCUCAAAAUAAAUGGGCCUCCAGCUCAGCUUCUGGGUUUUUUAAUACUCAGUAUACUGGUACUGAUAAGCUUUCCGGUUUGCCUUAUAAUGCCAAUUCUAAAGAAUAAUGAUGCUUCCACACAUAUAGUUGUUUUUACGACAUUAAAAAAAUCCUGUACAAAUCUCCACUUAAGCAGUUUUAAGUACAUUCUGGCUAUUUUUUAAUGGGCAAGAGAGGUUGAAUAUAAGCUGGUUGUUGAAACACCAAUGUUUCCAUCAUGGCAACCUUGUGGCCAAUAAAUACCAGUCAGCAAUGAUUCCAGAGUUGACAUAUUUAAAGAAAAAAAUAUGUCUAUACUCUAUUGCUACAGUGUUUCUUUUAAUGACUCUAAUAAUAUAGAAAAAAUUCCAUAUGAAUUUUUUUUAGAAGGUCAAAAGAAAGUAUAUCAUAUAAACAGAUGCUGCAGUAUAGACCAGUGUGCUUUGUUGAGAUGACUGGAUCAGAGACAUUCUAUUUUUGUUGAACCACAGCUGGAAUAGUCUUUGAAUCACAGGGAAAUAAUGCAAGUGAAGAGAUGUGGGAUAAAGGAAAGCAGGUCCAGGACCAAGUAUACCAUGAAUGAAGCAGAGGGAAGGACUGCAACAUGCUUUUUACCCCAUGGUAAUCUUCUACCUGGUUGGAUGUAUAGGGAAAUGAAACUAGGACAGGUGAAAGAGGCUGGCGGUACAAUACAAAGGAAUCCAGUUGGUUUCAAAUGAAAACCUGAUGGUGAUUUCUAUUUUAUUUUGGCCCCUUUAGAAAAAAACAAAAGUCAUGUCACCUCAAAGAGAGACAUCAACUACAAGUAUUGACAAUGAGUUCUGCUGGAAAAGAGAAAAAGACAAGGUAUCUACAAAAGUCUCAUCAUGGUGUUGCUAUUUGAACUUCAUAGUCAAUAAGACACAUUGCUUAAAUGAGCAUUUAAUCCAAUAAGUUUUUGGUGUAUAUAUGUACGUGUCUACAUGUGUGCAUGUAUAAACACACAAUGCAUAUGUGUGCACAUGAGUAUGAAUUUGUUGUUGGAAAUUUCAGUAUUUGGCCUUUCCCUUACAAUUUGUUAUUGUACCAAUUAGAUAUGAGGGCAAUGACAGAAGAGAAAAGUUGUUAUUUUACAUGGUCUUUUUUUUUUUUAAACCAAGGUCGGUUUAUUUUACAAGACUUCAUUCAAUGCAAU